UGUAGCCAUCUGUCGCUGUUGUACAGUAUCUGGGCAGAGGAUCUAGUAGUGUCUAAUUAAUUUUUAUUUAUUUUCUACAUAUUCAACAUCACGAUGAACAACUUGAAGAAAUUGCCUAUGCGCUUGCUGGCCAAUGCAGCACAUCGUCAGCAAUGCGCCGCCAUGUCCUCUGCCAGUGGCUUGCCUCCACCACUGACUUAUCUCACCGAUGAUGAGAAAAUGAUGAAGGAGACGGUGGCCAAGCUGGCGCAGGAUCAAAUCUUGCCGCUGGUCAAGAAAAUGGACUUUGAACACAAAUUUGAUCCCUCCGUGGUCAAAGCCGUUUUCGAGAACGGUCUUAUGGGCAUUGAGAUUGAUACAGAGCUUGGCGGCAGUGGCUGCAACUUUAUGACCAAUAUUAUAGUCGUGGAGGAGCUGUCGAAAAUUGAUCCAGCUGUGGCUGCCUUUGUGGACAUCCAUAACACAUUGGUCAACUCUCUCAUGAUUAAAUUCGGAAACAAGGAGCAGAAAGAAAAGUAUUUGCCCAAGCUUGCUCAGGAAUAUGCUGGCAGCUUUGCUCUCACCGAGCCCGGUGCAGGCUCCGACGCCUUCUCUCUGAAAACUGUUGCCAAGAAGGACGGCUCACAUUAUGUAAUCAACGGCACCAAGAUGUGGAUCUCUAACAGUGAUGUAGCUGGCGUUUUCCUGGUCUUUGCCAAUGCCAAGCCCGAGGAUGGCUACCGCGGUAUCACGACCUUCAUUGUUGAUCGCGAUACACCCGGUCUGAUCGUGAACAAGCCCGAGGACAAACUGGGCAUUCGUGCCUCUGGCACCUGCAUGAUCACCUUCGACAACGUCCGCGUUCCCGAGGAGAACAUUCUUGGCACCUUCGGUCAUGGCUACAAAUAUGCCGCCGGCUUCUUGAACGAGGGCCGCAUUGGCAUUGGCGCCCAGAUGGUUGGCGCGGCGCAGGGUACCUUUGACGCCACCAUUCCCUACCUGUUGGAGCGCAAGCAAUUCAACGACUCAAUUUUCAACUUCCAGUCUAUGCAGCAUCAAAUCGCUACUAUUGCCACAGAGAUUGAAGCUGCGCGUCUUCUCACCUACAACGCAGCACGUCUGCAGGAGCAGGGCGUACCGUUCCUGAAGGAGGCCGCCAUGGCCAAGUUCUACGCUUCUGAAGUAGCUCAGCGUGCAGCCAUCAAGUGUAUUGACUGGAUGGGCGGCGUUGGAUUCACCCGUGACUUCCCCCAGGAGAAAUUCUAUCGUGAUGUGAAGAUCGGAGCGAUCUACGAGGGCACAACCAACAUGCAGUUGAGCACCAUUGCCAAGUGCAUCAAGAAAGACUACUCUGGUUAGGGCAGUUCAUCCCCUCUCUUUCUGUGUUUAAAGCCUACAUAUAAAGCUGAGAUAUCGUAGCAGAUACGUCAAGUGCAUUUAAGGAAGUUGCGGGUCGGUUCCUCAGCCGUCCCGCAGCUGUCAAAUAACCGUAGCAUUUACAUAUAUAUGUACAUGGAUUUUUUUGUUAUAAUGUAUCAAAUACAAAUUAAAUUUUUAACUUUACAAA